AUGACGCAAUCCGCAAUCGUCUUUCUCGUUCUCCUUCCGGUGCUCGUUCCCUUAUUCAUAUCGUGCAUCGAUGCUCAAUCUAGCAAUACAGAUGCAACAAUGACCAUUAACAGCUUUGAGAAGGGUGGUAGUGGUGGAGGGCCAUCUGAGUGUGACGGAAAGUACCACUCAGAUGACACACCCAUCGUGGCGUUGUCCUCUCGAUGGUAUGAUCACGGAAGAAGGUGCUUUAAGUUUAUAAAUAUUAAUUACAACGAUAAAAGUGUACAAGCUAUGGUGGUUGACGAGUGUGACUCAAGUCGCGGGUGUCAUGAUGAUAUUGUGGACGCAUCUAAAGCCGUUUGGACGGCCCUUGCGGUGCCCGGAAGUCAAUGGGGUGAAACCAAAGUUACUUGGUCAGAUGCAUGA